AUCCAUUCUUUCUUCACAGAACAUUCCAGAACUUACAAAAAAAACACGUAUAUACGCAUCCCCCUUCUCUAAUCCGCACACCAUCGCAGAAGGCGAAACCCGAAAACUCAAUUUUCUCUUUUAUCGUCCCCCGCGUUAUUCUAAAAUCGUUUUAUAAUGGCCGGAAAAGGAGAAGGACCGGCAAUCGGCAUUGAUCUAGGCACCACAUACUCAUGCGUUGGUGUUUGGCAACACGACAGAGUGGAAAUCAUAGCUAACGAUCAAGGCAACAGAACUACACCGUCUUAUGUUGCCUUCACUGACUCUGAGCGUUUGAUCGGCGACGCUGCUAAGAACCAGGUCGCCAUGAACCCAAUCAACACUGUCUUUGAUGCAAAGAGGUUGAUUGGUAGGAGAUUCACUGAUGCUUCAGUCCAGAGUGAUAUCAAGCUCUGGCCAUUUAAGGUCAUCUCUGGUCCUGGUGACAAGCCUAUGAUUGGGGUUACCUACAAGGGUGAGGAGAAGCAGUUUUCCGCCGAGGAGAUUUCUUCAAUGGUUCUCAUUAAGAUGCGUGAGAUUGCCGAAGCUUACCUUGGUACCGCUAUCAAGAACGCUGUGGUCACUGUCCCUGCUUACUUCAACGACUCUCAAAGACAGGCCACAAAGGACGCUGGAGUUAUUGCUGGUCUGAAUGUUAUGCGUAUUAUAAAUGAGCCUACUGCUGCUGCCAUCGCUUAUGGUCUUGACAAGAAGGCGACAAGUGUUGGGGAGAAGAAUGUGUUGAUUUUUGAUUUGGGUGGUGGUACUUUUGAUGUCUCUCUUCUUACCAUCGAGGAGGGUAUCUUUGAGGUGAAAGCCACUGCUGGAGAUACCCAUCUUGGAGGCGAGGAUUUUGAUAACAGAAUGGUGAACCACUUUGUUCAAGAAUUCAAGAGGAAAAAUAAGAAGGAUAUCAGUGGAAAUCCUAGAGCUCUUAGGAGGUUGAGAACUGCCUGUGAGAGGGCAAAAAGGACUCUGUCGUCCACUGCUCAGACCACCAUUGAGAUUGACUCUCUGUAUGAGGGUAUUGACUUUUAUUCAACCAUUACUCGUGCAAGAUUUGAGGAGAUGAACAUGGAUCUCUUCAGGAAGUGUAUGGAGCCUGUAGAGAAGUGUUUGAGGGAUGCUAAGAUGGACAAGAGCACUGUCCAUGACGCUGUCCUUGUUGGUGGUUCCACCAGGAUUCCCAAGGUGCAGCAGCUAUUGCAAGACUUCUUUAAUGGGAAGGAGCUCUGCAAGAGCAUCAACCCUGAUGAGGCUGUUGCAUAUGGUGCUGCAGUCCAGGCUGCUAUCUUGACCGGGGAAGGCAAUGAGAAGGUGCAGGAUCUACUUCUUCUUGAUGUCACUCCCCUGUCUCUUGGAUUGGAAACUGCCGGUGGAGUUAUGACUGUUUUGAUCCCAAGAAACACCACCAUUCCCACCAAGAAGGAGCAAGUUUUCUCGACCUACUCUGACAACCAACCUGGUGUCUUGAUCCAAGUUUUUGAGGGUGAGAGAGCAAGAACAAAGGACAAUAACUUACUGGGAAAAUUUGAGCUAUCUGGCAUUCCUCCAGCACCUAGGGGUGUUCCUCAGAUCACUGUUUGCUUUGAUAUUGAUGCAAAUGGUAUCUUGAAUGUGUCGGCAGAGGACAAGACUACAGGACAAAAGAAUAAGAUCACGAUCACUAAUGACAAGGGUAGGUUGUCAAAGGAAGAUAUUGAGAAGAUGGUUCAGGAGGCUGAGAAGUACAAGUCAGAAGAUGAGGAACACAAGAAAAAGGUUGAGGCAAAGAAUGCUCUGGAAAACUAUGCUUACAACAUGAGGAACACUGUCAAGGAUGACAAGAUCAGUUCCAAGCUGGCUGCGGAUGACAAGAAGAAGAUAGAGGAUGCCAUUGAUCAGGCUAUCCAAUGGUUGGACAGCAACCAGCUUGCUGAGGCUGAUGAGUUUGAGGACAAGAUGAAAGAGCUCGAGAGCAUCUGCAAUCCCAUUAUUGCCAAGAUGUAUCAAGGUGCCGGAGGUGGUGACAUGGGUGGUGCAAUGGAUGAUGAUACUCCCCCAGCUAGUGGCAGUGGUGCUGGUCCCAAGAUCGAAGAGGUUGAUUAAGUGUGCCCGUUUGAUCUUUUUGUUAUAAUGAUAUGAUGAGUAGGCGGUGGGUGCUAUUUUAGGUGUUUGUUUUCAUCGCCGUCGUGGAUAUUAGUACACUAUAAUAUUUCUAUUUUCUGCAGUUAGUCAUGGUGUUGAAGAUUUUCUUAUUUCAGUUUUUUUCUCCAAUACAUUAUCGCGCUCGAAAUAUAUAUAUUAACCAGUUUAUAGUU